CUAUUCUCUCCAUCACAAUAAAAGCGUAACUUUUGUUAUUUUCACGUGAAACGCAUCGCAUUACAUCGUGCUUCGAUGGUGACGGUGGCGAUGGAAGACAACGACAGCUGCGGCAGCGGAGUACAGCACCGCACGACUACAUCAUUAACUCCGGUGCAAACUCGGCAACAGCGGCAGAAACUGGAAGUGUACAAUGAGAUUCUCCGUCGUCUGAAAGAUUCCGGCAAUGAAGAAGCUAUGCAACCUGGCUUCAACGAUCAACUUUGGGCUCACUUCAACCGUCUUCCUUCACGAUAUGCGCUAGAUGUGAACGUAGAAAGGGCGGAAGAUGUUCUUAUGCACAAGAGAUUACUACAUUUAGCACAUGAUCCUGCUAAUAGGCCUUCAUUUGAAGUUCGCUUAGUUCAGGUUCAUCCCUCAUCUGAUGGAAACUCAGCUGAUUCUUUCCAAUCAUAUGCUUCUGGGGUUGAUUCUGAUCAAAGCUCUUCAAAGUACUCAAGCAGACAGGGUAUACAUCCACCUCCUGCUUUUGGUUCUUCUCCUAAUCUUGAAGCACUGGCUCUUGAAGCAAAUGAUUCUGAAGACUUAGAGGAGGAAUGUUCUGUACAUGCCAGUGUUCUGUAUUCACGGCCCAUGCAUGAAAUCACCUUCUCAACUGAUGACAAGCCAAAGCUUCUCAGCCAGUUAACUGCUUUGCUUGCUGAGGUUGGACUGAACAUCCAAGAGGCACAUGCCUUUUCCACAACUGACGGUUACUCGUUAGAUGUGUUUGUUGUUGAUGGAUGGCCCAAUGAGGAAACAGAGAAGCUAAAAACAGCUUUGGAGAAAGAAGUACUGAAGAUUGAGAGACAGGUGAGGUCCAGUCAGCAAUCAAUAUCAUCAUCUGUUGACGAGCAUGAUCAAUCAAAGAUGAAAAGUGAACUGGAUCAUUUGGCGAUUCCAAAUGAUGGGACAGAUGUUUGGGAAAUAGAUCCCAAGCAUUUGAAAUAUGGAACUCAAAUUGCAUCUGGGUCAUAUGGUGAACUAUUUAAAGGUAUAUAUUGUAGCCAAGAAGUGGCCAUCAAAUUUCUCAAGGCUGAGCAUGUAACUUCAGAAAUGCAGAGAGAGUUUGCUCAGGAAGUUUACAUCAUGAGAAAGGUUCGACAUAAGAAUGUUGUGCAGUUCAUAGGAGCAUGUACCAAACCCCCACGCCUAUGCAUAGUUACAGAGUUUAUGUCUGGUGGAAGUGUGUAUGACUACCUACAUAAGCAGAAAGGGUUUUUUAAAUUUCCUACCCUGCUCAAAGUUGCAAUUGAUAUUUCUAAAGGAAUGAACUACUUGCACCAACAUAACAUAAUCCACCGAGACUUGAAGGCUGCUAAUCUUUUGAUGGAUGAAAAUGGUGCUGUAAAGGUUGCCGAUUUUGGGGUUGCUAGAGUGAAAUCUCAAUCUGGAGUUAUGACAGCAGAAACCGGGACAUAUCGUUGGAUGGCUCCUGAGGUUAUAGAACACAAGCCAUAUGAUCACAAGGCUGAUGUAUUUAGUUUCGGAGUUGUUUUAUGGGAGUUGCUCACCGGAAAGCUUCCAUACGAAUAUUUGACCCCUCUACAGGCAGCUAUAGGAGUGGUUCAAAAGGGUUUACGGCCUACCAUCCCCAAGAGCACUCAUCUAAAGUUUGUUCAACUUCUUGAGAGGUCUUGGCAGCAAGAUCCAACAUUAAGACCUGAUUUCUCUGAAAUAAUUGAAAUCCUGCAGCAGUUAGCGAAGGAGGUUGGAGAUGAAGGAGAAGAGCGGCGCAGGGAUAAAUCGGGAGGAUUUCUGUCGGUCCUCAGACGAGGUCAUCACUAGUUAAUUGAAUUGAUCAUGUCCACAACUUUGUCAUAGCUAGGAUCAACCAUAGUGGCCAUUUCACUUUUUUUUACGUUGACAUGUACAGUUUUUUUUUCACAUUGUCUGAUUAUUGUUUUUAUAUUAGAUUUCUCACGAUUUAAGGAUUUUGAGAAUGUCCAAUUACACAUUCAAUUACACAUUCCUUAGUUUUAUGAUGGCAUUUAUUUAUGUAUGUAAGAGAGAGGUCAUGGAAUCAUGAACAGUGUAAAAUCAAAUAUGCGCCUUUUCAUCAAAUAAGAUAUAUUAGACUUUUCCUAACA